CCUGUAUGGACCUUUUUAUGGGUUGGCGUCUCAGCACAUAAACGUCCCCCUGCACGCGCCUCACGUCGCCUUGAGGUCGAGCACGGCACGGCACCACUCUCGAUGCUGAGGCCAUCAAGAGCGAUUCCGUGACGAAGCUCUCACCAACACCACAUGAGACACGAAGAGUUCACGACCCUAUCGCAACUCUCUCCAAGAGACAAGACGACUACAAAACACACGAUACAGCGAAAAAUGUGUGUUGUCAAUCCGACACAUGCAGAUAUGUAUCCAGAAACGGCAAGUGCGAUAUCGCCACACGCAAGCCAUUCACAUAAACGGCAUCCCAUGCACGGCAUCACUCAAUGGCCAUCGAUACGAAGCAGCCCUUCUUGUCACAGUAGCCCAGCUGCGGCCACUCGAACACGCAGUCGCCAGCCAGAUGCUCGUUGAAGCCCUUCGUGAUGCCCGUGAUCCCAUACUUGGAGGCCUCGUCCAUGCGCGCUUUGUGCACCACCUCACGCAGGCCGAUCUCCCUCUUGCUGCCGCCCUCGGAGACCGCGAAGCACUGCAGCGGUGGGAUGCUCACCGUCUGGCCCCGCACCUCCAUGACCCCGCCCACCACCUCCUUGUUGCUCGCCGUCUUGGUCGCAGCACAUGUCACGAAAUGCGACAUGGCCUUGUGGAUGCGCUUGCCCAGUGCGAAGUGGGAGCGCAGCGCGAUGGAGUUGAGGGCGGUCUGUGCCGUCUCGCCGUCGAAGUUGAAUGCCGCGAUCCGCCAGGCGAGCAGCGCCGCCUCGUGUGGGCCGAGGGAGAGGCUGGAGGGGGACGGAUCAUCGCCGUCGUGAUGGGGAGCCAGCGGCAGCAGAUGGGUGAGGAGGGCCGCGAGGUCUCGGUGUGGCUUGAGGGCCUUGUUGACGGCGUCCAUGACGUCACGGGCCAGCAGAUGCAGCACGCUCGCGUACUCGUGCAGCACCACACGUCGCUCCUUCUGGAGGCUGUCCUGAUCGAAGUCAGGGGGGCGCAUGGUGUCGAUGCACGCCCCGGCCCGCAGGAGGGCCCGGAUGAUGAGCUUCUGUGUCUUGAUGAUGGUCUCCUCGUCGCGGACGUCCUUCUGGAUGCAGCCGUGCUGGAGGUCGUCGGCCAGAAGGCCCGAUAUGGUGGCGAGAUGGGAGUGCGGCUUUCGAUCCAGCUGUGCGAGGGUGAGAUGCCGACAGAGGUACUCGGCCACAACGAGGGAGCAGUGGCCGGCCAUGGUGAUGGCGUCAGUCAUCGGCGUGCCGUGGGUGAAGUUUUCCUCGUUGAGCGACGCGCCGUGGGCCACCAGCAGGUCAAGGUAGGCGAUGAUGAAGCUGGUGGAGUACUCGGGCCAGCAGUCUUGAGCGAUGUGGUGCACGGCGGUCGUGCCAGCGAUGUCUUCAUUGGUGCCGUCAUACGCGAUGCUCUCGGCUGCGAGGGUCGAGUCGAUGGCCAGGAGCCGACCAAUGGUGGCCAUGAGGUUCUCUUCGUAUUGCCGGCUGGUGGGGGUGGGGCAGGGACGGAAGGGCACGAAGAUGAGCUGCUGGCCUUGGAGGCUGGCGCCGUGCUUGACGAACACCUCGAACGCCUCCAUGUUGGCUCUGCGGAUGGCCAGCUUGAUGGGCGAGAGGACGGUGUCAUCGGGCCAGACGCCUGUGACGGGAUUUUUUGAGCCUCUCGGGCCUCUCACCCCCAGCCCCUCGAUCAAUGCGCCCUUCUGAAUCAGCGCCUCGAGAACGGCUGCCUGCAUCUCGCGGCUGGGCCACGUGGGUAGAUCGAUCUCCGGCACCUCACCCCAGACCAUCAGGGAAGAGCAGCCCGUCACGUCGUCAAUGGCCAGGCCGAGAAUGCUCACAGUGGUGGUGGUGCGCUCGCCGUCUUUGUCGCGGCUGGGGACAGAUACGUGCAGGUUGGCAUCGGCGCCGUCUGGUCCGUCGAAGAGACGGCCCAGGUCGGCCACUGUGACGGUCCGCUGCUGGAUGCCGCUGCAAAGCUGCUCACUCGCGGGGCUGGUGCCGGCAGGGAGGCGGUAGAGACCUGCCAGCCCGAGCAAAAGAUGAUGAAGCUGGCGUUGUGUGCGCCUGUGUGGUGUGCAGGAACAUACCGGUCUGCAGGUGAUCUUCUUCCUCACUCGUGCCGCCAGAUGCUCUCGCCUUGGCUGCACCAACACACACAGACAGUACAGCACCUUUGUGCUUGAACCGACGCCUUCUCACCAUCGUGCUCCUUGGCCUUCUUCAGCUCCCUCAAACCAAACAUACACAUGGCGUCCAUGGGGUGCGCUUGCGGCUUCUUGCCGCCAUCGCCGCCCUCGCCCCUCAUGGUCCCUCGCUGCUGGGUGCUGGG